AUGGCCGCCAAGCACCAAACCCUGCAACCUCGAGAGAGACUGGAAGCACAGGGGGAUGCUGUUCGGGAUCUCAUGCUCCGUUUCUUAGGGGAACAAGCUGCCAUGAAAAGACAGGUUCUUACAGCUGGAUCUGUAGAGCAAACAUUUGUGGGAUUGAAGCAACUCAUCAAGAACUGGAGAGCAGCAGUGGACCUUAGCGGAAGGCUUUUAACUGCCCAUGGACAAGGAUAUGGCAAGAGUGGUCAACCUACGAACCACACUACAGAUUCUUUACAGCUGUGGUUUGUAAGACUGGCACUCCUGGUGAAGCUAGGCCUUUUUCAGAAUGCUGAGAUGGAGUUUGAGCCAUUCAAAAAACUUGAUCAAGCUGAUCUUUACUAUGAGUACUACCCACAUGUUUAUCCUGGACGCAGAGGGUCCAUGGUCCCAUUUUCAAUGAGGAUUUUACAUGCAGAGCUACACCAGUACCUCUCUAACCCUCAGGAGUCUUUAGAUCGAUUGCACCAUAUGAAGAUGAUUUGCCAACAGAUACUAGACAAUUUGGAGAAAGGACUAGCAGAGGAUGGGAGUAUGAUUACAAUGACCCAGAGUAACCGGAAUGCCUCUGUUCAGCUGUGGAGGUCACGUCUGGGCCGGGUGAUGUACUCCAUGGCAAACUGUCUGCUAAUGAUGAAGGACUACGUGCUGGCUGUAGAUGCUUAUCACACAGUUAUAAAGUAUUACCCAGAGCAAGAGCCGCAAUUGCUGAGUGGCAUCGGACGAAUUUUUCUUCAGAUUGGAGACAUAAAGACAGCAGAAGAAUAUUUUGAAAAUGCAGAAAAAGUUGUACAGAGCUUGGAUACACAGGAUGAAACGCAAAACAAAAUGUUGGUUUUGAUGAAUAGGGCCUUUCUUCACCUUGGUCAAAAUAAUUUUUCAGGAGCACACAAGUUCUUCACAGAAGUUCUAACAUUAGAACCUGCAAAUGCUGUGGCGAAUAACAAUGCUGCGGUUUGCCUACUCUAUUUGGGCAAAUUAAAGGAUUCCCUCAGGCAUUUGGAAGGAUUGGUUCAGCAGGAUCCCAAACACUAUCUCCACGAGAGCGUUCUUUUCAAUUUGACAACUAUGUAUGAGCUGGAGUCAUCCCGGAGUAUGCAGAAGAAACAAGCUCUGCUAGAGGCAGUAGCUGUCAAAGAAGGUGACAGUUUUAACACUCAGUGUCUGAAGCUGGUAUAAUUCUUUCACUGCUAAUUUCCCUUCCAGUGAGAGAGACUGAAAAAAAAUCUGUAUAUAUUUCGGCUUGGAAUGUAAAUGGUAUUUGUAGGUUUAAAUAAAA